AUUCCGAGAGAACCUCAGAUCAGAGUUCAGAGGGUAAAAUACUAAAACAUGACAUGUAUUGUAUUUUUCAUCCUUAAUAGAACUUAAAACCUCAGGCCUAAUGCCUGUCAUGGGACAGACAUGCUUAUAAGCUGUAAUCAAACCCCUUUUGUACUGUCCCAGUUCCCAUGAUUUCCUCUUGUUCUUUUGAAUAUUUUCAGUUUUCACUUGGAAAUUAAGAAGAAACUAAAAUAGGAAAUCAGGAAGCAAAUGAACGCUACGGUUUGGGGGGUUUAAUGAUUUUUCCUUGUCAGGAAAAUUCACCUUAUCUCUCAUAAACACUAAACAAUAGCUGUACCUCCUAAUAUAAUAAUGUGACAUAAAUCCCCUCUUCUCUUCAGUUCCAACUCCCUUUUCUUCUCCCCAUUACCAUUACCAUUUUCUUCGUCUCUCUGUUAGGAAUGGCCAGCUCAAGGUUGGUUUCUCUUUCUCAUGUGUUUUUUCAUAGCAGCGAUGCAAUGUGUCUGCUCCGUUUUGCUCAGCUAAAUGUGUAUUUAUGGGUGCACUGUGUAGUAGAAAAGUAGGAAUGUCCAAGUGGAAAGAAGGGCAAAGGAGGAGCCCGCGGAUAUCUGCAUUGGAUGCUUGCAAGGCCCAGCAAUCGAGGCGCGUGGGUGGUACUGCCUUGGCUUCACUGGCACAGGCAAUGAGUUUACAAGUACAACAGUCCCUCCCUCAGGGACCAGCCUCCCGGACUAGGGCCAGGAAAAUAAGAAAACUCAGACCACUAGAGGAUGUGUCUGCUACUUCCCUUUCACCCUUUGCUCAGCAGGGCAGCGACCAACAAAGCCAUGAAGACCAUCCAAUUGGUAGUGAUCGACCAACUUCCCAGGUUGACAAUAGCCCGAAAUAUGAUGAUAAAGCAGCCUCCACUGAUCAACUAUCGAGUGUGCCACCAUCUACCAAAUGGAUGCCAGAGAAACGAAUACUGGAGCUUAUUCUUGACAUAUUACAGAGGAGGGACAUCUAUGAAAUAUUUGCUGAACCUGUUGACCCGAAAGAGGUUGAGGAUUAUUAUGAAAUCAUUAGAGAGCCUAUGGACUUUGGCACCAUGAGAGCUAAACUUCAUGAAGGGAUGUACAUGAGUCUUCAACAAUUUGAGCAUGAUGUAAAUUUAAUUCCCAGAAAUGCAAUGCAUUUUAAUUCCUCAACAACUAUAUACUUCAGACAGGCUCGAGCUAUUCACGAACUAGCAAUAAAGGUCUUUCAUUCUCUUAAAACUGCCCCAGAGAAUUUUGAGUUGGAAUUUUCAGAGACAAAACGAAGAACUAGUAGAAGGUUCAUGAGUGAAGCUACGGCUCCAACAAAUAGCUCAAGUUCUAAGCUUCCAACAAAUUUAAGACCCAAUAGCAAGACCAAUAUAUCAUCAAAAAGUAUGCCAUGUUUUCUUCGUAAUUCUUCAAACCUCAGGAAAAGUAUUAGAGGAAUUCGUCAACACUCUGAUGCUGCUGCUGAUUUUAAUGCAAGAGAUCAUGAAAUGAACUCUGGUGCUAAAAGUGGUAGGAGAAAUAGCUUUGCUGAAGUAGAUAGACGUUGUACGUAUACACCCUCGAUGUCUCUCCUCACUGAAAAUGGUUCAAUUGUUUGCACAGUUUAUAGUGACUCAAAACAACUAAUUCCUGUAAAUCAGCAGGAUAUUGGUUACAGAGAAAGCUUAAUGCUCUUUGUUAAAGAUUUAGGACCAACAGCCCAAAUGAUUGCCAAGAGGAAGUUGAUUGGAUGUUCAGUGAAUGCUUCUAAUUGUUGGACUCCAGGAUCAAAACAUUUGUUUCAGCAACCCGAAUGUCAAAAUCCUAAUGCAUUUCGUUCCACCCAAAGGGGACUUCCCAUUCUGGAUUCUGCAUUUACUGCAGAAUCUGAAAAUUUAUUUGACCAUCUUCAUAUGGGUCCAAAUAUCUCAGGAAAGAACAAUUAUAAAGUGGAUACAUCUUAUGCUGGUGCAGGAGAAAAAGCUUAUGCCAGGAACCAAAUGCUUAUCCCUAAUGCUUCAAUGGAAGUGGCAUCAAGCAGUGAUGAAAGGAAAAUACCAGUUGCCUUCGGAGGGGAUGCUCACUCCAGUAAUGCUGUGGAUGUUUUUGGCCUUUUUGGUUGUGACAGGUUACAUCAGGAUUGGUGCUGUGAGAUUCAGUUGGACUCCUAUCCUUCCAGUGUUGGGGCCAGAGAGUUGAACCUCUCAGCUGCUGGAAUUGAGAACUCAGGCAAAAGUUCCACACCAAUUAUAAUGGUCAAAAACAAUUGCUAUAGUGAGGCACCACGGUUGGAGUCAUCAUUAGCUCAAUCUCAGGCAAAUAUAUCGGAUUUGAGGCCGAGAAACAAUUAUAAUUUAUCACCUUCAAGACCCCAACACACUAUGUGGAGUUCAAUUUGUGGUGAAACGAAUGGUUCUGGACACAAUAAAAAGUCAACUGUUCUGAGAAGUGGUGGGCAACACAUAACUGCAAAAGAUGACGUUGAAGACAGUGGUUCUGUAGUAGCAGUAGGCCAAGAGUUGAAAGCAAGCCAACGACUGGGUUCUCGGUUCAUAUUUGAUUUGCCAUUUCUGAAGAAGCAGCUUGAUCAGAUUAAUCUGUUGGGAAAGGAUAAAAUUUUCCAGCAAGGUUCUGGUACAGAAGAUCUGUUUCUGGACAAAGCAAAUUGGAGGAGGCACUUGGCUCGUAGCCAUCACAAGGAGCUUCGGACUGAAACAUACAAUGAUAGUUACAAACAGUUCUCAUUGGAUGCUGAGCAUGGAAAUCUGGCUCCCCAGUUGUGAGAAUUUUAGAUGGUGCGUGUAAAAAAAGAUGAAAAAGGAAGAAUCAUCUUUAAACUAUUCAGUUUGGCUUCAUUUAAGUUAAGUGAUCUAAGAUUAGUAUUGUUUAUGAGCACAGAUGGUUGAUUGCUGAGAUGCAGGUAGGUGCAAUAUUUCUCCAACUGAUAGAAAAGAGGUUUUGCUUUGGAAUGUUAUUAGAGCCUUAGAGAUGAUACAUAUAUAUAGGGAGGGAGAGAAUUAAUAUUUGAUUUAAUUGUACAGAUUCAGCGUAGACUUGUUUUAUGUAUUAAUUUCUGUUUUGGUGCUUGUCUAUGGAAAUGCAUCAGCCAUGGACAAGAAGUUGUAAAAAUUAUGAUUAAAUGAAGUCUGAAACUUUUAAUCUAAAAUUGAAGCUUGGGUGAAAAGAGUGGCUGUCGUUUACCAAAGCCAUACGUACAAUGCAUCUGCUUUCGUUUGGUAUUUAAAGAGAAUCACGUCGUCAUGGCUAUCUCAAUUUAAAUAGUCAAAAGGGAAAGAAAAUGGGACCCAACCUACAACAUUAGGGAGUUGUCGGACCCCAGAAGAAGAAAGCAACAUUUAGGUGGGAUUUGCCGUGAAGCUUGAGAGACUCGAAGGUGAUUAUACCAUUGUGUUUGUUUGAGAAACUUGCCUUCUCUUUACGUUCUAUUAUGUCUAAUAAUAUGUCUUUUUAUCCAACUCAA